AAAGCGCUAAACCUGCCGGAGAGAAGAAGACGAGGAGAUCCCACCGAUGCUACAUUUGAAAACUUUGACCGACUCCCUGGUGCAACACGGACAUUAGUGCGCGGCUGUAGCAGCAGCAGCCGCGUUGUGAAGCCAUGCGGCGGAGUAAGGCUGAAGUGGACCGGUACGUCUCCUCCGCACAGAGCUCCUCUCCCUCGCUCAAAGAGAAGCCAAUAAAGGGGUUUUUAUUUGCUAAAUUGUACUCUGAGGCAAAGGAGUAUGAGCUCGCUAAAAGACAUGUGUCGGAAUAUCUCAAAGUCCAGCAGAGGGAUCCUAAAGCACACAGAUACCUUGGACAGCUCUACGAGAGAGAGGGAGACAUCGCCAAGGCCGUAGGAUGUUACAAGCGGUCGGUGGACUUGAACCCUGCCCAGGGGGACCUGGUGUUGAAGGUGGCUGAGUUACUGGUCAGUAAGGAGGAGUUUGAUGGCAAAACAGAUUUCUGGGUGGACAAAGCUGCCAAGAUGCUGCCAGGAAACCCUGCUGUCUUCAACCUGAAGGAGCGCCUCCUGAGUCGUCAGGGUCAGCAGGGUUGGAACCGGCUGUUUGACCUCCUCCAGGCUGAGCUGGCAGCGAGGCCGGGUGAUGCACAUGUCAACGUGAAGCUGGUUCAGCUCUUCUGUCAGGAUGGUCGACUGGAUGAAGCCAUCAAGCAUUGCCUUACUGCGGAGAAAAUGGGCUUGCUAAGCCACAGUCUGGACUGGUAUAGAGUGGUGGUGCACACUCUGCAGGAAUAUUUGGCUCAGCCCAGUGUUUCUAGUAAUGAAAAGUUGUUUCGGCAGUGCCAGAGGGAGCUGCUAUUGGCACACUGCAGCCUGCUGAGAAUCACACUGUCUGAGAGCAGUGUGCAGCCCUGCUGUGACGCACUCAAGAGUUUUGAUCAAGCUAUGCAGACACUGAGCAGCAUUGCGGGCUGCCACGCAGAUGAUCUUUGUGAGGUGUUUGUGGAGAUGAGAGGUCACCUCUACCUUCAUGCUGCUACACUGCUGGUGAAGCUGGCCCAGGACCGCCAGCAGACCUGGAGGGUUGUCAUUGACAUGGCUGCACUGUGCUACCUGCUAGCAUACCAGGUCUCCAGACCAAAGCCUAAAGUGACCAAAAGAGACCGGUCAGCCCCACCGCUUCUAGAGCUGCUGGCCAACGAUCGACAAAGUCAGGCCGGACACAUGUUGCUCAAUCUGAGCACUGAUUUAACCACCUUAAUCAGAGAGGUGGUUGAGGUAUUUGGAAACCGCAGUGGUCAAGAUGCGCUGUUCGAAUUGCUAUUUGGACCCCAGGCCUCCGCUGCAUCUUCAUUUAUUGCCAAUGAUGACAUUCGUUCCAUCAACACCACGGGUCCAGAGCUCUCGCAACUGGCCAAAUGGGACACUGGCUCCAUCCUUUUACAUGGUGGUGACCUGCAACAUCUGAGCUGGUUGGGGCUACAGUGGACUCUUCUGGCCCAAAGACCAGCACUGAGAGAUUGGCUAGCGCAGCUCUUUCCGAGGUUAACCCUGGAAACUUCCAAACUGGACACAAAUGCACCCGAGUCUAUCUGCCUCCUGGAUCUGGAGGUGUUUUUAUAUGGUGUGGUGUUCUGUAGCCACUGUCAACUCCAGGAAACAGCAAAAAUCAGCAGUUCAAUGAACCAGCAGCAGCAGCAGCAACAACUGCAGCUCUAUGAGCCUCGCUGCCUCCCACUUCCUCUCCUUCGCCUCCUGACCACUGACAGACAGAGGGAGUGGUGGGACGCCCUCAACAGCCUUAUUCAUAAACAGGCAUCUACCGGCAUGUCUGGCAAGCAGCGAAUGAUUGUGCAGCAUGGACUGAGCUCUCUGAGAGCCGGAGAGAAACAUGGGCUUCAACCAGCACUGGCCAUCCACUGGGCACAGUGUCUCAGCCAAACGGGUGAUGAAGUGAACUCGUACUAUGACCAAAAGGAGUAUAUUGGUCGGAGUGUGCACUACUGGAAAGUCGUCCUCCCACUGUUGGAAAAGAUCAAAAACAGACGUGGCAUACCCGAACCCCUCCACCCCCUCUUCAUGCACUUUCCCUCCAAAGAUAUUCAGAUUUCUUCUGUGAAGGGUUAUGAAGAGGAAUUCAAGAUAGCGUUCGCAGCUCUUCUUGAGAUUGAAGGCAGGACGGAGGAGGCCAUCGCUACCUUGGAAUCCAUCAAUAACAUGUCAUCCUUCUGGCAUUUGGCUCAGAUCUACCAGCGGCUCUCAGAGGAGGCCAGCAAUGGGAUUGAGGAGACCCAAGACAGAUGCAUCACUUACCUGAGAAAGUUCAGGUCCUACCUGUCUAAGAUAUUCAAUGCCAAUGCCGACGACAUUGAGAAGCUGCCUGUAUCCAUGGAGGAAGUUGUCGACCUCCUGAAUGAUGUAAACCAACAGCUGGGGGAGAGUGGAGAAGCUAUAGAUGAAGAGGAGGAGAAAGAGGAGGGUCAGAGAGGACCAGUGCACUCUAGUCCUGCUCAUCCCAUAGAAACCAGUGCCACAAUAUCCCACAUUAAGUUUUCCAGUCCUUCUCCAAACAAAAGCAUAGUCUCUCCUUCCAAAAGACUGAUUUCUCCCAAGACGCAACCUCAUUGGGUGGAGGACCAGAAAAGUCUCCUUCAGAUGCUGUGUCAGCAAGUUGAAGCCCUCAAGAAUGAAGUUCAUGAUCUAAGGCACAACUCUUCAGGGAAUGCAGGCUCUCCUCAUCAUAAGAUGUAUGGGGAGAGCUAUGGGGCUGAGGGCGAUGCUUUUACCCCAGUCCAGUCGUACCAUGGUGCCCCCCUAACAGUUGCCACUACAGUCCCCUCUGCUUACUACAACCAGUCUCCAGCUUAUAACUCUCAGUAUCUCCUGCGCACAGCAGCAAAUGUAACUCCCACCAAGGGCCCAGUGUACGGUAUGAACCGUAUGCCACCUCAGCAGCAUAUGUAUGGUUACCAGCCGCCCACUCACACACCUCCAUCGCAAACAGCCACACCAGGCAUUUACCCUCCUCAAGAGCAAGUCUUUGGCGCCCCUCUGCGAUUUGAAUCGCAAGCCACAAGCCUUCUUUCCCCAUACAGUGAAGAAUAUUAUGGCCAGAGUGUAACCCAACAAACCACUAACCCUCCUCUACCUGAACCUGGCUACUUCACCAAACCAUCUGUAGUCCCCGUUCAGCCACCAAAGACCAUAGAGGGGAAGCCUAUGGACUUUGGGAAGCUGUCCUUCAGUCAACAGGCGCCUGCUGAAGUCCCCAAAGUGCCUAGUUUUGGAGCAGGGGCUGUUGCCCAGUCAACCCCUUCAUCUUCGUUCAAAUUCAACUCCAACUUUAAAUCCAACGAUGGAGAUUUCACCUUCCCUGCUUCUCAGGCUAAGCACAGUGAAAGUCUGCUUGAUCUCCUUACAUCUGACAUUCCCACUAAAACAGAUGCUGUUCGGGAAAAGCUUCCCACUCAGGAGCCUGCCAGCCAAACAGGCAUUUUCACCUUCGGCACCAAAGGUCCGACUAGCUUUUCCUUUGUCGAUUCUGCAGACAGUACCGACACUGGAAGUGUUUUUGGAAAAGUGGACCAGCCGUUUAAAUUUGGGGAUUCUGACACCGCCAAGCCAGUGUUUGGGUUACCCAGUUACACACCAGAGGCAGAAAAACCAGCAGAGAGUGACAAUGAGAGCACUCAUGUUGAGGAGGAUGAGGAUGGCCCUCAUUUUGAACCCAUUGUACCUCUUCCUGAUAAAGUAGAUGUGAAAACGGGUGAGGAAGAAGAGGAGGAGAUGUUUUGCAACAGGGCAAAGCUGUAUCGAUUUGACACAGAGACAAAAGAGUGGAAGGAGCGAGGUAUUGGCAAUGUUAAAAUCCUAAAACACAGCGCUAAGGGGAAAGUCCGCCUCUUAAUGAGAAGGGAACAGGUCCUGAAGAUCUGUGCCAAUCACUACAUCAAUGCUGAUAUAGUACUAAAACCCAAUGCAGGCUCUGACAAAUCCUGGGUCUGGAAUGCCAUUGAUUAUGCAGAUGAAGAACCUAAGCCAGAGCAGCUGGCCAUCCGCUUUAAAACAGCAGAUGAGGCAUCACUUUUCAAAGCCAAGUUUGAGGAAGCCCAGAAAAUUGUCCUUGAAUCACCAGAAGAGCAGAGUCAAGUGAAGGAGAAAGAGGAGAGCAUCAAAGAUUCUCCAUCACUGGCAGCCCAAUUUGCACUUAAACAAGGUGAAUGGGAAUGCAAUGCGUGCUAUGUAAUAAAUAAACCCACAGACGUGCGGUGUGUUGCAUGUCAAACUGCUAAUCCCAAUUCUUCAUCAAAACCAGACAUUCAGGCUGCUGGUGACGCCAAACCCAGUCCAUUUAGUUUCACAUUUGGCACAGAUUCCUCAAAACCCAGUAGUUCUGCCUCUACAUUUACUGGAUUUGGUGCUUUUGGAGCAUCUAUACCCUCUUCAUUUACCUUUGGGACCAGUUCCUUAAAGCCUGCUGACACAAUAACAAGCGCGUUUGGUUCUGGCUUUGUAGCUCCGUUUGGAAAGAAGCCGGGGCAGUGGGACUGCGACAAAUGUUCUGUGAGAAAUGAGGCCAAUUUAGACAGUUGCGUUUCUUGUAAUGCUCUAAAAGCCUCGGCUAAAACAAUGGCAACAGCACAAACCACACCACCUAAAGUGGAGCCCUCUACAUGUACUGUGGACUCUGGGUUUGGUGCCCAGUUUGGGAAGAAGCCUGGACAGUGGGAUUGUGAUAUGUGCGAAGUAAGAAAUGAAGCCUCUGUUAACAAAUGUGUAGCUUGUAGUAGCCCAAAUCCUGCUGCUAAAUCAACAGAGGGGCCUACAGUAUCAUCAAAUCUGCCAGCGGUGUCAGGUUUCGGAUCUGGUUUUGGGAAGAAGCCUGGGCAGUGGGAUUGUGAUAUAUGCGAAGUAAGAAAUGAAGCCUCUGUUAACAAAUGUGUAGCUUGUAGUAGCCCAAAUCCUGCUGCUAAAUCAACAGAGGGGCCUACAGUAUCAUCAAAUCUGCCAGCGGUGUCAGGUUUCGGAUCUGCUUUUGGAAAGAAGGAUGGACAGUGGGACUGCGAUGUCUGCCUGGUCAGAAAUGAUGCAUCAAAUACUGAAUGUGUUUCCUGCCACACCCCAAAUGCAAAUCCCUCUUUAGAAGCCAUGUUUGCCAGGAAGGAAGACGAAUGGGACUGCGACAUUUGUUUAGUGAGAAACAAUGGCUCUGCCAAUAAGUGUGUGGCUUGUCAGACACCAAACCCCAACGCUAAAAGCACAAGCAGUGCUGCUCCCACAGCCUCCAGCUUCAGCUUUGCCUUUGGAUCCAAGAGUUCAUCAAGUCAGCCACCUGCAACUGGAUUCAAACUGCCGUUUGGAGGUGGCAGCACUUUCCAGUUCGGCCACAAAAAAGAUAAAAGCUCUGCAGAUUCUUUCAAGUUUGAAACUCCACAGUCUGGAUCUAGUAGCACAAGUGCUGCAGGCUUCUCUUUCUCAAUUCCUAAUGCAGGUGGUGGCUUCAAGUUUGGCAUUCAGGAUACUGCCUCAACAGAUGAUCCAACACCUCCAUCUGGGUCAGCCUCCAGCUUUCUUAAAAGCAUAGCUGCCAAACAUAAUGAGAAACAAGAUGCGUCUACACCUUCAGAGGACCAAACGGAACAAGACCAAAAUCCAUUAUUUACUGGAAAACCCAAUACAUUAAGUUUUGCUGACCUGGCACAGUCCUCAGACAUCCAGUUUAGCAAGAAAGACACAGAUUUUAAAUGUUUCUCUCGGGCCGGUGAGCAGAUGUUCUCAUCGUUACAGGCAACCCCUACUAAGACGGCUGCCUCUAAUGAACUGGAGGAUGACGACAUGUAUAAAACGGAGGAAAAUGACGAUAUUCAGUUUGAACCAGUGGUUCAGAUGCCUGAUAAGGUGGAUCUGGUGACAGGGGAGGAGGAUGAACUGGUUCUUUACUCUCAACGCGUCAAACUGUUCAGAUUUGACACCGAUACCAGUCAGUGGAAAGAGCGUGGUGUAGGGAUACUCAAAUUCCUGAAAAACACCUCAAAUGGAAGACUCAGGGUGCUCAUGAGAAGAGAGCAGGUUCUGAAGGUGUGCGCCAAUCACUGGAUCACCACCACCAUGAAUCUUAAGCCCUUGGCAGGGUCAGAUAAAGCAUGGAUGUGGCUGGCCAAUGACUUCGCUGAGGGAGAUGCUAAACUUGAACAGUUAGCUGCCAAGUUUAAAACCACGGAGCUGGCUGAGGAGUUUAAAAUGAAAUUUGAUGAGUGUCAGAGGCUUCUUUUGGACAUCCCCUUGCAAACCCCCCACAAGCUGGUUGACACAGGCAGGACAGCACAUCUCAUUCAGAAAGCAGAGGAAAUGAAGUCUGGUUUGAAAGACCUGAAAUUAUUUUUGACAGAUGAGAAAACAAAGAUCAAAGAUGAUGACAAACAGGGAGAUAUAACAUCCAGCAAUGUUUCAAGCCUUGUAAUCAAGGGUCACAGUGAAACCACUGGUCCCACCUUGGAGUGGGAUAACUACGACCUACGAGAAGAUGCUUUAGAUGAUACUGCUGACACAUCAGUCUAUGCCUCCCCCAUCACUAGUAGCCCCUUGAGAAAGAACCUGUUCCGCUUUGGAGAAUCCACUAGUGGGUUCAACUUCAGCUUCCAACCUGGCAUCAGCCCGUCCAAGUCUCCUGCUAAACCUAACCAGAGCAGAGCGUCAGAGGGUACUGACGAUGAGCAGGAUGUAACCCAGGAUGAGGAGAGGGAUGGCCAGCACUUUGAGCCUGUAGUCCCCUUGCCUGAUCUGGUGGAUAUUUCAACAGGAGAGGAAAAUGAGCAGGUGGUCUUCAGUCACAGGGCCAAACUAUAUCGCUAUGAUAAGGAGCUGGGUCAGUGGAAGGAGAGGGGAAUCGGGGACCUCAAGAUCUUGCAGAAUUUUACCACCAAACAAGUGAGGUUGAUAAUGAGGAGAGACCAGGUACUUAAGAUAUGUGCCAACCACUGGAUAUCAGCAGCCAUGAAGCUGGAGCCUAUGAAAGGCUCUGAGAAGGCCUGGGUAUGGAGUGCCAUGGACUUUGCUGAAGAAGGAGAGGGUACUAUUGAGCAGUUGGCUGUGAGGUUCAAGCUGCAGGAGGCUGCAAACGCAUUCAAACAGGUCUUUGAAGAUGCCAAGGCUGCUCAAGUAAACCAGGAACUUAUGACUCCAGUGACCUCUGUAGUUCCCACAUCUCCAGACACUGCAUCCGCAGAAUCUGCAAAGCCUGCAACAGCUGUAUGUGGGAAGGCAGCCAUCGCUGUGCUAGAGGAGACCACAAAAGAACGUACAGAGCUUUUCCCCGACAUUGAGCCAUGUUCACCCAGUUCUUCGGGUCCAGACUACUCCUCAAAGACGGUGGUGUCUCCUCCUAAGUUUGUUUUUGGCACUGGUAGCCUUCAGAAGAUUUUUGGCUCCCCGAGAUCUCCCUCUGAGGGUGAGGACUCUGCAUCCGGUUUGAAAGCCAAAGAUGCUGGACAUCCUUCACCUGCAUCACCUGCAUUCAAAGUCCCAGAGAAAGGGCCCUCACAGGCAGAACAAGGUGGUGCAGGGUCAGAUGAGGACUCUGAAGUGGAGAUCGUGUAUGUCAGGGAACCCACUGCUGAACAGGCUGCUUUAUCCGGGGAGCUCCUGCUGCCAAUCACCUUCUUCUGCUACCAGAACGAACCAGGAUACAUCAGCGAUGAUCAAACUGAUGACGAGGACUUUGAGUCCGCAGUAAAAGCCCUGAAUGGAAAGCUCUACCCCGAUGCUCCUGAGAAAGGGGCUUCAGCGUGUAGUGAUGACCUCAUCUUGAGUGUGCCGCCUUCAGAGCCAGACUGCCAGAUGGUGUGGGAGAAGAAGCCGACGCCGCAGGAAGAGGAGAAGGCCAAAAGCCUCUUGCUUCCACCCAAUUUCUUCUGUGGCCUGAGCACCACAGACAGUGAUACAGACUACGACAAGACUGAGGACUUCGAGACAGAAGUCCGCAAGGCACAGCAAGAACUGGCCGCCCAGUUGAAUACAGGAGCAGAAGCCCCCAGCAGCUCUGCAGUUUCCCCAGAAGAGGAGACACCAGCUCCGUCAUCCAGCAGCUCAGACACUGCAGGCAACACGUCUACGCCACAGGAGCCGACCCCGGAGCAGCCAGUGGAGACUUGUAGUCAAGUUCCCAGCACCACCAUCAGCAGCACCAGCAGCAGCACCACCAUCAGCAGCAGCACCACCAUCAGCAGCACCACCGUCAGCAGCACCACCGUCAGCAGCAGCAGCAGCUGUCCCAUCGACCUGUCAACAAAGAAGGGCUCAGAGCCGGAGUCCAACACUGAGGCAACAGCUCCUGCCACUUCUACUACAACUGGUCAAGACCUCUCCAGCUUUGGCUCCAAAGAUGUUAGUGGCUUCUCGUUUGCUGACUUGGCCCAAACGACAGAGGGUUAUGCAUUUGGAGCUACAGACGCCAACUUCUCGUGGGCAAAUGCUGGAGCGUCAGUGUUUGGGUGUGCAGUGCCCAAACCAAAGAAGACUGGAGACGAGGAGGGCACUGAUGAUGAUGAGGAGGAGGCUGGGGACAUUCAUUUUGAACCAAUAGUGUCUCUACCAGAGGUGGAGACAAAGUCUGGAGAGGAGGACGAGGAAAUUCUGUUUAAGGAGCGUGCCAAGCUGUACCGAUGGGACCGGGACCUCAGUCAGUGGAAAGAGCGCGGAGUAGGUGACCUCAAGAUCCUCUUCCACCCGUCCAAACAUUUCUACCGAAUCCUGAUGCGGCGAGAGCAAGUGCUGAGGGUUUGUGCAAACCACAACAUCACGGAGGCGAUGGAGCUCAAACCUAUGAACGCCUCAGCUAACUCGCUGAUAUGGACCGCUACCGACUACUCAGAUGGAGAUGGUGAAGUCGAGCAGCUGGCGGCCAAGUUCAAAACCGCUGAGAUAGCUGAGUCAUUCAAGAAGACAUUCUGCGAGUGUCAGAACCGAAUUGGCCAGAGCGGCGGCGAUGACUCGUCUGUCUUGUCACCACAGAUGUCUAGAAUUCAAGAGCACUCCAGAGACAGUAACCCGCAGGUGUUCCUCAAAGUGUCAGCCAACGACCAACCACUGGGCACCAUCACCAUAGAGCUUUUCUCCCAUAUUGUGCCCAAGACGGCAGAGAACUUCAAGGUUCUCUGUACCGGGGCGAAAGGCUUCGGACUGCGGAACUCCGUCUUCCACAGAGUCAUACCGGGCUUCAUGUGUCAGGGUGGUGACUUCACAAAAGGGGACGGCACAGGAGGCAAGUCCAUCUACGGCAGCAAGUUUGAGGAUGAGAACUUCGACGUUCGGCAUACGGGCCCAGGAAUCCUGUCAAUGGCCAACUGUGGGCGCGACACCAACAACUCCCAGUUCUUCAUCACGCUGAAGAAAGCCGAACACCUGGACUUCAAACACGUGGUUUUUGGUUGGGUGCGGGACGGCAUGGACGUGGUGCUGCAGAUGGGGGAGCUGGGCACGAAGGGAGGCGUGCCCACAAAGAAGCUGGUCAUCACAGACUGUGGACAGCUGUAGUUUUUUUAAUGUUCAGGUUAUAAAGUCGAGGUCAUACAGGACUUUGGAAAACGAUGUGU